AUGGAGAAGACUGGUACAGCAGAGCGGACUUUGUCGUCCAGUCACAAGCCAGAACCACACGUUAGGCGCCGUCCACCCGAGUCCACCACGCUGGCUACGCCGCUCGUUACAUACCGCUCCUCAUUUACAGGAUUGGAUGAGUCCUUGAAGUUAUCGAAUAUGGCCGUGGUCAAUGGCCGGUACUAUGGUAGCCCAUCUUGGCAACGAUUGAUGGGAUUGUCAAAGGAUACUGAGAACUGCCCUCCCGACAACGAACAGUGUAAUGGGCGCGUAAUUUGUUGCUGUGACGGGAAUUACUACGAAAACAGUGAGCAGCCUUCGAAUGUCGUUGUCGAAGAACAGGAACCGGAACCUCAUAUUGGCACGAGUCAUCAGGCCUGGCCUCAACGCCUGCUUGCGGGCACCAAGGUUUUAUCCAAAAAAAUACUUAAAGUGACCGACAUGGCGGGAGAAAAAAUUGCGGGUCUUGUGGGCAUCACGGAUCCCAAAUUUGACAUUUAUCUCUGGGAGCAUGAGUAUCUCCAGAAACAACGAGUCAACGACGAAGCCAACCGGUUCAUUAUUGAUCCCUUGAAGUCUGAAAGUGCGAUCCUUCUUACGAAAAAGGAACCCUUGAGCCAGACAGAAAAGUCAUCCUCUCCGGAUGACAAGCCGGAGAACGAACUCAAGGCAUUUUGCAUAGACCAAUUAGAGGAACUUCUCGGUGAUAACACAGUUAGUUUCGUUGAGGAGAUGUUCGCUGUCGCUCUUACAUCGCCAACCACUGAUCUACCUCCAUCUGAAAAACCAUCCGUGGAGGAGCGUUUAUACAGGCGGCCACAAGGUAAAUCUACUUCGAGGAAUCGUUCUCCUCUUUCUGAUUCCCCGGAAAGGCUUGGCAGGCCUCACCAACGCUCUCCAAUGCUGGAUAGCUUUCGCUCUCCAUCAGACGCCCCCAUGGAUUCGAAUGCUCAUCGUGGUAGGCGUCAACACUAUCAAAAUUCCGGCGAUUCCAGGCGUCAUCAUCAUGAACCCCAUGAGUACAAUCCCGAGGAUUUCAAUGAUCGAAGCGUACCGCAUCGUCGCUCCCGAUCGGAUGUUUCUGAUGCAGAAGACAAUGAGGGCCAACGGGAACGUCCAACGCAGCGCCUUGAGCGGGCACUGCCACAGCAUAACGAGCGUUCUCGAGAACGUGGCGCUCGAGUGGAAAGACUUCGUGGGGGGAAACCGGAGGACUCGGAAGAGACUCGUCACCCGCGUCGUAGAUGUCGUAAUUUUGAUGAGCGAGGUUUCUGCAUUUACGGUGAUCGGUGCAAGUUUGAUCAUGGCAGUGACGCACUCGUAAUACCAGGAAACACGGCCGCUGCUUGGACAGCAAACUUAUUUGAUACUGCGCUUGCUGCAACCGGCAGCUGUCUCCUUCCACGGACAUCCCCAAGUGGUCCCAAUGGAAUUAUCGAUGGUGGAAACGAUACUCAGCCGACGUCUUCUGUGGAACAAGAAGACAUCGAAUCUGGUGCAUUACCUAUAUAUAACCCUACUCCCAUUGUCGAGGCUCUCGCUCGGAAGCCGGCCCACUUAUUUCGUCCACGUCCGAGCAUUGUUAAUAAGAACAUCAUCCCCAUUCCCAUGGACAACAGUAGCUACGAUCCCUCCUCCUCCUCCCGGCAGCGCCACGAACAAAGCCUCUCCCCUCCUACAACCCCUCCCGCAUACGAGCCCGCUCGGCCCGAGCUCUCGGACGAGGGCUCUGGGACAAACCGUGGGGAAGGUGGUGCGACAGCCACCACCGCCGAAUACACGCCCAGUCCGAUAACCCAGCAACAGUGUUCUCUCCUGGUGACGAAAUUACCUUGGCGACUGAAUGAUCUCCAGAGACUCAGGAAUCAUUUUGGUCGCUUCGGUAGUUUGGUCAACAUCCAGACCAACUUUGGCGGUCAAAACUCCCAGGCUUUAGUAACCUAUGCCUCGGCGGCUGAGGCUGAAGCGGCCUAUCGGAGCCCCGAACCCAUCCUCUCUAAUCGAUUUAUUCGCCUUUCAUUGUGGCCAAACAAUAAUACCAACAACUUCGCCAGUGGUCGCAUGGGCGGUCGAUUCAGAGGUGCGGGAUACAGGCGCCAUGGUGGGACGCUUGGAUUUAGCCAGUUUGGUCAGUCCCUGUUGGGGGAUGCCCAGCCGGUAUCGUCUCGUCUGCCUGCCAAAUUUCGCCUGGGCGAUGCCUCGUCCUCCUCGCCUUUCCUCAAGCGCAGUCGUUCUGGCGGCGGCGGUGGUGGUGGUGGUGGCGGUAGCACAACCAGGACUCUCCCCAACAACCGUUCUCGCUGGCGUCUCGAGCGUGAUGAGGAUGGGAAUCCGGUAAGCGCGGAGGACGAUGAUGAUGAAGACAAUCUUGACGACGAUCUGGACGAGCUCGAGAAGAAACGUCUUCGUUCUAGUGACCCCGAUGAUGGCGACUCUUUUGUACCUAACCGAACUUCCUGGAAUUCUACGAGUAGCAUCGACGAAAACCCUGACGUAGCAGCAGCUCUCCAGCGCAAAAAGGCUCUCUGGGAGCGUCAGAAGGCCACCGCUUUGAAGGAACACCAGGCAAAACUUGCUCAGUUUGAAAAGCAGCGAGCAGCACGCCAGCAAGCCGAGGCCGAUCGACAGAUGCAAUUAGCUCAACUCAGCGCAGAGUUGAGGGAGACCCUCGCAUCCCUGAAGAAUCCUCCCAACUCUGAAGUCGAACGCUCCCUCAGGGACAAGGCAAAGACCGUUUACAAGCAACUGGUGGAGCUUAAGAAGGCCCAACAACCGCCGCUAAAACGCAGCGCUGGUGGUGUCAGCGGAAUUACCGACGACAUCAAACAGAAGGCCACCGUUCAACAGCUUCUGCCAGAUACUGUGGCCACUGAGCGUCUGGAGAAGAUGGCUGAAGUCAAGCGACAGCUCGCUGAAUUAGAAAACCAACUGCAAGAGACAACCGAUUCGACGAGCGAAUCCCAUGCAGGAAUGCGUCGAAAGAUAACCGAGCUCAAGCGAAAGCUGGUUAAUCUUGAGACAAUUCGCCCAAGUGAUUUGGCCGCAAUAAACGCGUCGUCCGGUCUACCAGUCAGAGGUCAGACAAAGCUUGACAAGCGACCUCGUGUGCUCUACGUCACCGGACACAGCACCUACGACGUUGAGGACUUCAGACAGGCUCUUGCUUUGAAUUACCUCUACACCGAAUCAUUCCGACCCUUCACCACUGGCAACGACAGUCAGCCCGUCAUCGAGAUCACAUUCUGCACUCGUGACUUCGCCGAAGCUGCGGUACGGAUGUUCCCCCAGUUCCACGGUCGUAAGCUGGUCAUGUCUUUCACGCCACCGGUUUCUCUAACUCAAGAGGAACCAAGCCGAGGAGCAAGGCUGGGGAAGAGUGGUGGUGGCGGUGGUAGCCCCAUCGCAAGUCCCCGACCCACGGACGCUGGUUCCGGCGAUGCCCUGUGCGCGAUGGAUGAGCUGAAUGUGCCAGUUGUAGAUGCUACCGUGGGAGAUGAGUUUCGGUCACCAAAGAAGACCGUCUCUAGUCCUCAGCCCUCUGGCACCGCGCUCUAG